CCGCCCGCAGUCAGGCUUCCGAGGAGCGGCGCCUCCCUGUGAGUUCAGCCGGCGCGGCGCGCGGCGCGGAAGCCAGCGGAGCGGACAACCUGCCGCCCUGAUCCGUUGGACUGGACCUAGCCAGGGAGCAGUCCCCCAGCCGCAGCCGCCGGGGCGAGGAGCGGUGACAGCGCAGGAGCUCCGGGGGGGAAGGGAGGAAGGAGGAGAGACAAAGGGAGCGAGCCUGGCACUGCCUCCCUGCGCCGCCCACCAUGUGUCAGUCAGAGGCGCGGCGAGGACCGGAGCUCCGCGCGGCAAAAUGGUUGUACUUCCCCCAGCUGGCCCUGAGGCGAAGGCUGGGACAGCUGAGCUGCAUGUCCAAACCUGCCCUGAAACUGCGCUCCUGGCCCCUGACGGUCCUCUACUACCUCCUGCCCCUUGGCGCCCUCAGGCCACUCAGCCGGGUGGGAUGGAGACCCGUGAGCAGGGUGGCCCUGUACAAGUCGGUGCCGACGCGCUUGCUGUCGCGGGCUUGGGGUCGCCUCAACCAAGUGGAGCUGCCGCACUGGUUGCGCAGGCCCGUCUACAGCCUGUACAUCUGGACUUUCGGGGUUAACAUGAAGGAGGCCGCCGUGGAGGACCUGCACCACUACCGGAACCUCAGCGAGUUCUUCCGGCGCAAGCUGAAGCCACAGGCCCGGCCCGUGUGCGGCCUGCACAGCGUGAUCAGCCCAUCGGAUGGGAAGAUCCUCAACUUCGGGCAGGUGAAGAACUGCGAGGUGGAGCAGGUGAAGGGGGUCACCUACUCGCUGGAGUCGUUCCUGGGCCCUCGCAUCCCCGCGGAGGACCUGCCCUUCCCACCAGCCACCUCCUGUGGCUCCUUCAGGAGCCAGCUGGUCACCCGAGAAGGGAAUGAGCUCUACCACUGCGUCAUCUACCUGGCCCCCGGGGACUACCACUGCUUCCAUUCCCCCACUGACUGGACUGUCUCCCACCGGCGCCACUUCCCAGGCUCCCUGAUGUCCGUGAACCCCGGCAUGGCCCGCUGGAUCAAAGAGCUCUUCUGCCACAAUGAGCGGGUAGUCCUGACUGGGGACUGGAAACACGGCUUCUUCUCACUGACGGCUGUGGGGGCCACCAACGUGGGCUCCAUCCGCAUCUACUUUGACCGGGACCUGCACACAAACAGCCCACGGUACAGCAAGGGCUCCUACAAUGACUUCAGCUUCGUGACGCACACCAACAAGGAGGGCAUCCCCAUGCGCAAGGGCGAGCACCUGGGCGAGUUCAACCUGGGCUCCACCAUUGUGCUCAUCUUCGAGGCCCCCAAGGACUUCAACUUCAAGCUGAAAGCGGGACAGAAAAUCCGAUUCGGGGAGGCUCUGGGCUCUCUCUAGAGCCUCUUUCAUGGCCACAGCUGCUGAGGGGUCUUUUCCACAGAAAUGUGAGGGUCUUUUCAAGGGGAACCUCUGAGGCUAUCUAGGAAGGGGACCGUCGGGUCUGACCAGGCAGGACCUGGGUGACUUCUGUCCCUGCUGUCCAGGGUGCAGACAAGGUUGUCAGAGCCCCUCUCAUGUCCUAGACCUACAUCUUCCCCCUACCCACCUGAAGAGAAAGUGCAGGCCAGGACGAUUGAUUCCCUCUUGGAGAUUUUCUAACGUGUUGUAUAAACUGGAGACCCUACAUCUCCUGGCAGAGUAUUCAGUUGGUCUGAUUUCCGUUUUAAGAUAAGUGGUAAAGUACCUUCUUGCUGCUCCUCCUAUCACUGCUUUUUGGCCUCCCUUGCAUGGGGUGAGGUGCCUCCUGGCACUGACUGUGGGUCCCAGACCAGGGCCCUUAAUGCAGCUGCUCCCAAAUUCGCCCCACCCUGCUUGUUGGGAAAAGCUGUCUUCUCUCUUUGCACUUGUGGCUGAAUGCAUCACCUCCAACUCUGCCAUCAACUUCCAAGGGUGGUCACUAAUGGCUUGGUGCUUUGCAGGCCCCUUCCGGAGCUGGCAGGUCCUCUUUCCAGUAGCAGGACCCAUUACCAAACCCCCUCAGUGGUGUCCAAAGCAAAAGGGGCAGGCAGCUAGCUGGUGGUGGCCCAGCUGGGGCCAGGGGAGAGCUUGGGUCCCCCUCCCUGUAUCCAGACCUACGUAAAAUACAGAAAAGUUGCUGCUGUUGAUCAGGGGCUUACGUCGGAGGCAGAGGAACCUUGGUGGUGUAUUUGAUGUGUGGGGGAGGGGAGAAUGUCAGUGCCUAGAAAAUCCGUCCCCAGGCAACAGGUACUCAGUCCUUAGGGAGCCACUGAUUGUGGGGACAGGGCCAGAUUUCAUGUUUCCUGGGGAUGCUGUGAAUUUCUCCUGCAGGAGAAGCCAUUUAAACUUUUUCAACUGUAUCAGUAGCACAGUAUUUUUGUAUGAAAAGUGGGAGACUUCUGAACAGUAAUUCAUUUAAUUGCAACAUUUUGAAAUAAACUCACUGCAGUUUUGCAUUCUG